AUGACGCCUUUCUCAUCCUUUCCUUCUCUACAAUCAUCUCUUUCCUACUUUUUAUUUAUUUUACUUUUAUCUCUCUCUCCUUACAUCCAUCCUUUCUCUUUCUUUCAUUAUUUCUCAAUCUUUCUUUUCAUUGUCUAUUUCUCUCUUCUUUCAUCUUUUCAUUAUUUUUCUCCACUUAUUUCUUUUUCUCAUUUUAUUCUUUGUUUAUCUCUUCUUUCUUAUUUUUUUCUUCGGCUUCUGUUUAUUCCUUCUUUCUCUCACUAUCCAUUAUUUCUUUUCGCUCCAUCCAUUCAUGUCUAUUUACUCUUUAGCUUUUUCUUUUUCUCUUUCUUUUCAUUUUCACUGCAGAUUAUUUUCUUUCCCUUUUCUCUCCAACUUUCUCCCUAUCUUUUUCUAUUCCUUUCAUUUCUUUCUUUGUUUGCAAUCUCUUUUAGCUUAUUUUUCUCCAUUCUUCCUUCGUUCCUUCUUCAAUUUACCUUUAGUUACGUCUUUCUUCCUUUUGAUUUCUUACCUUUCCUUGUACCCUUUUUCUUUCAACUUCUUUAUUUAUCAUUCUCUCCUCUUUUUCCAUUUAGUAUUUUUCUGUAUUCCUCUUUCCUGCGUUUUUUUUCCAUUCUCUGUUUUGCCUCUUCUUUCUUCCGCUUUCCUUUUUUUCUCACUUUUUCUUUAGUUGCUUUUUAUCUUUCAUUUCUCUUUUCUUUAUUUUUCUUUUUCUUUCCCACCUUCAUUUUCAAUUUCUAUUUAACGCUUUCGUUCUUCCUUUUCCCUUUCUUUCUCCAUUUUUUAUUUAACUUCUUUCUUUCUCUCUCCCUUCUCCCUUACCCACUUUCUAUUAGCUUCUGCCUUCUUCCUCUUUCACUUCCCCCUUCCCAGUCUGUAGUUAUUUUUUCUUUCUCUCACUAUCCAUUCUCCCUUCCCUACAUUCCAGUUAGCUUCUUCUUUCUUUCUCUUUCCCUUAUCUCUUUCCCACUUUCUAGUUCGCUUCCUCUUUCUUUCUCAUUCCCUUCCCCAUUUUCCAGCUUCUAUUCGCUUCUUUUUUCUCUUUCCCUUCUCUCUUUCUCACUUUCUAGUUCGCUUCUUCUUUCUUUUUUCUCUUUCCCAUCUCUCUUUCUCUUUCCCUUCUCUCUUUCUCACUUUCUGGUUCGCUUCUUCUUUCUUUUUUUUCUCUUUCCCAUCUCUCUUUCUCACUUUCUAGUUCGCUUCUUCUUUCUUUUUUUCUCUUUCCAUUCUCUCUUUCUCUUUCCCUUCUCUCUUUCUCACUUUCUAGUUCGCUUCUUCUUUCUUUUUUUUCUCUUUCCCUUCUCUCUUUCUCACUUUCUGGUUCGCUUCUUCUUUCUUUUUUUCUCUUUCCCUUCUCUCUUUCUCACUUUCUAG